CACUCCUAAGAAGAUGCCAACCAGACUUCGUAAACACAGAAAAACAAGAGGUGACGUUUGUGCCGGUUACGGUCGUGUCGGUAAACAUAGAAAACACCCAGGUGGUCGUGGUAAUGCUGGUGGUCUCACCCAUCAUCGUAUUAACUUUGACAAAUACCAUCCAGGUUAUUUCGGUAAAUUAGGUAUGAGACAUUUCCACUUAUUAAGAAAUCAAUCAUUCUGCCCAACCGUCUCAUUAGAAAAGAUCUGGACCUUCGUUGACCAAGCCGUCAGAAAGCAAUGUGCUACUGAUGGUACUGCCCCAGUUGUUGAUAUCACCCAAAAAGGUUAUUUCAAAGUUUUAGGUCACGGUAUUUUACCAAAGCAACCAAUCAUUGUCAAAGCCCGUUAUUUCUCUAAAAUCGCUGAAAAGAAAAUUAAAGCUGUCGGUGGUGCUUGCAUUUUAGUUGCUUAAAUAAAUAAAAUUUUUAAAAUAUAAAUUAUAUAUAU